AUGACCCAGGUAACUAACCAGUGCCAUAGUGGCUCUAGCAGUGGAAAUGGCCAAACACAGUGUUCGUCCUGCGACAGGCACUGUGGGGCCGACGUGGAGCCGACUCUGAUGCAGAGCUGGGAAGACCUGUCCUUCUUGUGUCGGCGAUGCACACACACGAGGAACGGCAAAGGCGCUUACGACUUCGAGGCUGCCCUCUAUAGGAUGCAGGAGGCCCAUGAGAUCUCCAGAGAGGAUGUCGCGGAAACGGCUAGGAGAGAGAGGCUUCUCCUUGAGAACUACAAGGUCGCCCUACCAGACCGCAUCGAGUUCGACCAUGAGUCGUUGCCUGGCACUCCGGAUGAAGUAUCCAUCCACAUUCUGGACGCGAUGGAACCUAUCGUCCUCAUGGACCACUGUCCAGUGUUCGUCCGAGGAGACGGGAACUGUCUGUACAGGGCGGUGUCACGUGCACUGUAUGGUGACGAGAAGAAGCACCUACACAUUCGCCUGUUAACCUGCCUUGAAAUGAUUAAGUUUCCUGAAUUCUACGAUGCCAAUAGUCCAAACUACAAGAACCUAAUCGGCAGCGAUGUUUUCGGGAAACCCAUUUAUUUCCGACUCCUUGCAGAUGCCCUGACACCGCAGGAAUGGGGGGAGACAAUCCACGUAUAUGCCAUCUCUUCCGCACUUCACCUACCUAUUGAAACGUUCUGUCCCCACAUAAAUCGUCCCCACAUGGUAUCUGCACCCCUCUGCAGGAAGGUAUGUGGACGCGAUGUGGACACCACGCAGGACGCAGCGUUCACCCUCAUGUGGACCAUGACCUACGAACCACCCGACUACCGCGACGGCUUUAAGCCAAACCACUUCUGUGUGCUGCACAUGACGGAGCCGUCUCUCGCCAACUUCAUAGAUCUGACUGAUGCGGACCACUCAACCUUUGCCAAAGUCAGCCGUUCAUCUGUCCAUACCGACAGCGAGGACAGCCGCCUCAGUGACAGCGAGUGGCAAAAACUUACCUCUGGACGUGGAACUGUGAGGUCUUCCCGCAAAACACAUCACACAGGUGCGCGUAAAUCGCCCGGCUGGUCACCUGUCCAGACCGACAGCGAGGGCAGCCGCCUCAGUGACAUUGAGUGGCCAAAGCUUACCUCUGGACGUGGAACUGUUGCAUCUUGUAGCAAACCGAGACACGAUUCACGCGAGCGUUAUUCGCGGUCUCCUGGGCCAUCCGCUUCGUCAUCGUCUGAAGCAUCUCCAGUAUCAUCGCCUUCGAGAUCACGCGAGCCAUCGCCGUCUAUGCAUCAUUUAACAACUGACGCUUUGGAUACUGUUGACCCACCUGCAGUGUCACCAACUGAUGUGGCCAGUGCCUGUAUCGACGCUACUGAGAAUGGCAAUGCCAGGAGAGAAGUAGAUUUUUUGCCAUUAGAGGAGGUCGUCCGGAAGCUUUUGGACAGGGACAUCGAGCCUCGCGAAUCGGUACCAAGGGGCAUCAAACAGAAUGUGAGUUAUAUUGUGGACAACUCCCAAAACAUUGCAAAAAGAUCUGGUAACAAUAGAUCAGAAUUCCAUGAUGAUUGUGGAUCGUGGAGUAGUAAAGCAAAUAGUACACCCAAAACACUGUACAUUCGAGAGGAUUCGGGAAGGUUGCGUACUGUCUAUAGGAAGAAUGGGCAAAUCUGCACAAAGCGCCACGAGAACAAGAAAGCUACGUUUGUACCCCUUGUUCCACAACCUCAACCAGAGUCUGUUCUGGAAAUCUUUAGAAAUUAUGCGAAGCUCAGGAAAUCCGAUUCCUAUGAACGAAAGAUCACGUGGAUAGGAAAUUCAGACAGACAAAUUGCAUGUGUUGAGUACAAAGGUAAAUAUCCUGGGGUAGCAUCGCAUGGAAACAGCAAAAGUAACUCUCGGGGGUACAUUCGUACCAAGGGUAGUGUGAUGGAAAAAAUCCGAGAGGGGGUCAAAACAGCACCUCCAAAGUCAGUGUACAAAAACCUUGUGCUGGAAAACCCAAUUCACGAUUCGCCAAGAAACAGUCAACAGGUCCAAAAUAUAAAAUACCUUGAAAAGAAAAAGGACCAGCAGAUCGCUGGUCCUCGAGGAAACUUUGCCGAUCAUCUACAACAUAUAGUCAACACCAUAAACGACCACCCAUUUGUACAAAGUGUAAUAUAUGCAAAACAACAUGAGCCUGUAAUAAUAUUAUAUAUAAAAAAUCAGAUAAACGACAUCAAACGAUUCUGUUGCUCGGGAAAUCUGGCACAUGCAGCAGUAUUAUGUGUCGACAAAACUUUUAACUUAUCAGAUGUUCAUGUAACGGCGACAGUAUUUAAGAACUUAAGUAUCAUCAGUAGGAAAACAGAUGAACACCCUUUGUUCAUAGGACCAAUGUUUCUACAUGGAAAUAGUGACUUUCUCACAUACUCAGCGUUUUUCAGUCAUUUAGCCUCACAGCUAGAAUUUGCAAAGGCCCCAUGCAGCCCUAUUAUCGGUUCAGAUGACGAAAAUGCCAUGCGAAAGGCAAUAAGAGUUGCAUUCCCACGUGGAAAGAAUAUUACUUGCUCCCGACAUCUUCGUAAUAAUGUUAAGGAUCGUCUGCAGAACAAAAUUGGCCUGGACAAACAAGACCGACAGAAAAUUGUUAAAGCCAUGUUUGGUGCACCCGUUGACAAGGUCAAGGGUAUAGCGAGCGCUACUGAUAUUGUAGAAUUUGAAAGACGAGUGCAAGACGCUAGAGCGCUGAUUAGCACUAAAGCGGCAAGCUUUAGCGACCACUUCGAAAACAACAUUCUCCCCGUGAUGAAGAACAAUUUUGAGGUGCAAAAUCAUCCUACUUUUCCAGUUAGUGAGAUACCAUGGACAAAUAAUAACUGCGAAUCUAUCAACCACCAACUAAAGCUAGCCACCGAAUGGAAGCCACGUCCGCUUAUCGACAUAAUGGAAAUUCUUUUCAAAGAAGUUCAAUUGCAAUAUGAGGAAGUCAAGAGAGCAUUUGUCGACAUAGGAGACUACGAAUUGGCACCUGAGUACAAAAAAAAAUUCCGCAAAUCAUUGGAACGAGUGGGAGGGCAUGUCAUCCGAGAGUCGAACCCGACACAUGAACCGGUUCCUUAAGGAGGUCAAGCCACGCGACCAACACAUUGUUUAUUCAACUGACGGCACGUCAUGUGCAUGGAAGUCAACAGCAGGUGGCAAAAAACCAGGACAAAUGAAACGAAAAAGAAUGGCAAAAACUAAAACUCUCCCAAAAAAAAAGAAAAAAAAGUGAGGAUAGAUACACCUGUUCGAUUCCUACGUACUGUGUUCUUUUACGAUGACUAAAGGUUAUGUCAAAUAUAUCUGAUACUUUUUAGAAAGUGAUCAUUGGCUUGACCUCCUUGAGGAACCUGUUCAUGUGUCGGGUUCGACUAUCGGAUGACAUUCCCUCCCACUCUUCAUUUCAUAUUGGUUUAUUUGUUCUGACACACACUUCACGGGACAGGUAGCAGGGUCACUAUGACACCCUGAAUUGUGCUGCCGUGUUACAUCAGUUGUUAAAAACAGGAAACGAUUGUUAAAAACUAGUAUAUGCACAAUUAAGAGUUAUAUAUAUAUUGCUGUGUCUACUUAUCGUUAACGUCAUUUGUAAUAAAACUGUUAAAACACUUACCUAAAAACGAAUAUUGCACUGGUUUACUUAAAAGCAAUGAACGACAGUAAGUGGCCUUUACAGGUAGCUUCACACUGUGUCAUUACGUCAUGAGGGGACAUUGUUUUCGUUCAAUAGUCUUCCAAAUCAAGAUGUGAAGAUCUUCAAAUAAAGAUGUUGAGAUCAUUAUUGUGUGUUCUAAAUGCUGUUUUCGUUUUUUCUGCAUUAUCGUGACACUGUUUUAAUGUUUUCUUUGGGGUUGUUUAACCGUUACGUUGCACUUGAAAAUAUAUUUGUUUAUCUAGAAGUUAGCAAUGUUGGGUGUAGGGCGUUUUUAAAGACCGUCAGUUCUAGUUUGAUGUAGCCUUUUUUCGGUCACCGACCUCUCCUCGGCUGAAUGAAGGAUUUUUCAGCAGCUUCCUAUCAUACGCUGCUUCAUGUUGUAGAGGAUCUAGGAAGAUUUUUAUUUUGAUUAUUUAGCGUAAUCAAGAAUAUGUGGCCUCUGUGAUAAUACUACACGAUCCAUCUCUUGACCGAUUUGUUGCGGCAGUGCAAAUGCGAUAUAUUUUAGCAAGAAAUAUACAUAGACUACACUUUUUUGGUUGCUAGAAAAACAUCACACAUUGCCUACCAGCUGUUAGCAAACCUUUUCUCCAAGCAGAGGUUUCGUCGGGGGAAAGUAGUGACUGCGAUUUCUUAUGGCGGCCACUACCACGUACCCCCCAUUGUAACCUCUGCUUGGAGAGUGAGCCAAGAAAAGGGUUAUUCGUUUAAUAGAUGCCAAGUGGUAAUUAAAAAGUAAUCACUUUAUGGGUUUGCGAGUUGACAAAGCAGUCCCCGUCAGGGAUUGAUCCUAUUCCUACUAUUGUAUUCAUAACAGAGUUGUCAAAUCAAUACUGGUCAACAAAUGAUAUAGCCCAUUAAAUAAGUAGACGAAAAUAAAGUAGAAAUAAUAUGAGAAUAUUUCUAUAGUUGUGUCGAAUUGUUUUCGGUAGUGGUA